AUAGAGGAAGCAGCAACACGGCAGCAUGCGCACCCUAACACGGUGUAUCACCGCUUGUACGCGUACUACAAGCUCGGCUACGGCAAGCGGCACCUCGCACACAUCUUCAACAAGUCGGAGCGCACGCUCAACAACUGGAUCAAGAUAUACGAGGAGACCGGGGUGUUCCAGUGGGCCAAGACCGCCUCAAAAAGGACGUUUUCGGCCGACCAGCUUGCAUGGCUGCUUCGCUACUACGACCAGCACCCGCUUGCAUACCUGGACGAAGCCCAAGACGCCUUCACGCGCGCACAUCACGUCGCAAUAUCAAAAUCGUCGGUCUGGCGCAUCAUUCGUGAAGAGGGGCUGACCUGGAAGGUGCUCGAGCGUCGCUCCAUGCACAUCAAAGAGCAGGAGAUCUUCCGCUUCACCGAAGAGCUCAGUCACAUCGACUGGAGCCACCAGAAUUUGGAAUUCCUCGAUGAGCGAAAGCCACGGGUGACGGUUUUGGUCUUCAUGGGAGUCAAUAGAGUCAUAGACUACUUCAAUACCGAGGGAACAUUUGAUCGCGUGGAGUUCACAAAAUGCUUCCAAGACUUCGUGCAUUCUUCAAGAGGAAAUGUCCGCCAGUAUCCAGGCCCCAAUUCCGUGUGGAUACUCGACGGAGCUGCCAUCCCCCGGGACCCAGAAACCGUUCGCUAUCUUCGCAGCGUUGGUUUCGUUGUCAUCUUUCUUCCCACCUACUGUCCGUUCUUCAACCCGAUAGAGUUCCUGUUUGGCUACGUGAAGCGCUCAUUCCAACGCCACUACGUCGAGUCAAGCAAGCGCGACUUGUUGCCCUUCAUCAUCCAAACAUUUCGUCGCUUCGAGAGAUUUAGCAUGGGCAAGGCAUUUGAGCACUGCAGCUGGCGGAUCCAAGGCUUCUUCGAUCCUGUUGGGCCUCUAUCCAGCAAAAAACCAAGCACCACCAGUCUCCAACUUCCGCGAAUGCAACCACGAUAA